AGGCAGAGUGGGGGGGUUAUCAUGGCGGCAGAAUUUGGUUGAAAAGUUAGCAUUGAGGUGUGUUGUACCAGUCCAGGGUGUACCCCGUCUCUCGCUUGAAGUCAGGUGGGCUCCAGUAUAUCCGUGUGACUCUGGGUGUUAAAAUGCCAGUGACCGGCCAACAGUAGACUACCAGUGGGUGCGUGAAGUUCUGCCAUUGAAUAUGACAGCUGGGAAUCCUACUAUACUAUCAGGCCACAUGCAGAGAGAAAAGGCAGGAGGGAUUUAGAAGAAGCGAGGACGUGGCUGAGGGACAGAGGACCAAGAAGGACAAGCAGAGAGGAUUUCUAACAAGCAUGGAGGACACACAAAUAAAAGCAUUGCUACGCACAGAAGGACAGCCAAAGUCUUGCUGAACACCAUGGCUCAGCCGACCCCUAUCGCAUCACCAACAAAACGGGAUUCCAUGAGGAUAAGACAACGUUUGUUCUGGGUUAAAGGGCGAACAGAUAAUAUGGUAUCAUCCAAUCAGAAUAGGGGCCAGCCACUGUCAUCUGGAGAGGUGGAGGGUCUAACAUGGUGCGGCCUUCGGACCAUUCACCUCCGUAAGAACUUGCAGGGAUUUGGUUUCACUCUGCGCCACUUCAUACUCUACCCCCCAGAGUCCUCCAUCCACAACUUCAAAGAUGGAGAGAAUGGAAAUGCAGUUCAGACAUGGGGGCAGGCGUCUCAUUUGGAACCAAUGGACACAAUUUUUGUGAAGAGUGUAAAAGAAAAUGGUCCUGCUUACCACGCUGGGCUGUGCAGGGGGGACAGGCUAGUGAAAGUGAACGGGGAGAACAUUCUAGGGAAAACCUACUCUCAGGUGAUUGCAUUGAUUCAAAACAGUGAAACAAGUUUGGAGCUCUCUGUUAUGCAAAAAGAUGAAGAUGUACUGCAGUUGGUAAGUGCACACUCCCAGGAUGUCUACUUGAGAGGCAAUCAGGCAUAUUCAGGCAAGGCCCAGAGCCUCCCUGAGCCCCUCCUUCCCUAUUCUUCGACCAAUCCCAACUCGAUUGCUGUACAGCCAAGACACAAGCUCAGUGGUCACCUGGACAACUGUGAGUGCAGAUCAAGCCCAACUACUUCACUACUGGAUAAGCACCCUACUAUUGCUUCUUCUGGGGAUUCCUGUGAUAACAUUGCCACAUCAGUGAGGCAUCUUGGCCGCUCCUCUUCCACCAUCAGUGCACUAAACUUUCACUUUGCCAACCACAAUGCUGCCAUUACCUCUGCAACUUUACCUCCACCACGGAAGAGCCGUCUGCGAGUCUCUGGUCACCUUCAUACUGAUUCUCUUUGCCACCAAGCUUUGUCAGACUGGUACAACUGCCAAGCUGAGGUAGCUGAGCACCUGACUACGCACAACUGCAGUACAUCUCAGGAUCAUUUAUCAGACCUUGGGUUGAGCGCUGGACCUCCAGUCUUUUACUCUGCACAGACAAAACAGAUAGAGACCCUGUUGUAUCAUCAUCAAACCUCUGCAGCUUCCCAUGAUUCCUAUUGGCUGGGGGGUUGUUCAAGGCCAGGAAGCAGAUCAUGCUCAGAGACUUUGCUAUCAGCUUAUGCAGAGUAUGAGCGUAACUAUGGUCGUUCUGUAGAAACACUAGAAAAAGCCUCAGCGGUUAUACCACCGUCCUCAGACCAGAUAACAAUAUUCAGCCAACAAAGAGAUCACAAAGCCAAAGGCAAGUGUGAGCACCAAACUAAAGAAACCUCCCUGUCCAGCACAGUGUCUCCCUGUGGUAUGCUAUCAGGUCAGCAGGUAGCUGAACCACAAACAAGGCGACUAACAGAGGAGGUAGUGGGCUGCAAAAGUAACAGUCUGUCACUGUCCCACAAAACAUCUCACCUCCUCCAGCAUGUCCAGGCUUUACAAAAGCCGUACAACAGUGACCCACACUUCAGCUGCAGUCCAGAAAUCAGAAGCAGCGCUGCUGCCAAUAAAGUAAGAAUACUGACACGACCCCAGUCCAUUCCCAACCAACCUGCAUCAGAGACCCAAGCUCAUACGGGGCAUGAGAGGGAUGUCAUCUCCCCUAUCGCUCUAAAUCAAGAGGUGGUUCUGAAGCAGAAACGACCCUCAGCUUCAACUUUAAGUCCACAGUCACCGGAGUCCUUGAGUGAGACCGCCUCUCCUGUAUCUGCUGGUCCUGGCGCCAGUCGCGGGGCUAAAAGUAGCCUAGCGCAGCAGGUGUACGACUCCCUGUCCUCCAUUCCCUUCAUAGGACGUCGCUCGUCAUAUCUCCUGGCCAUUACAACAGAGAGAUCCAAGUCCUGUGAUGAAGGUCUUAACACUUUCAGGGAAGAAGGACACGUUUUCCCAAGACUACCAAAAAGAGUCAAGAGCUUUUUCAUUGAUGGGUCUUUUGAGAGCUUGAAGGCACAGGAGGAAGCCCGGUCCAAACGUCACUCCACUUCUGAACUGGAGACAAUCACUUUGUCCAUCCGCAAGGAGGGCUGGCUAUACUACAAACAAAUUCUCACAGAAAAGGGGAAGAAGGUUGGUGGUGGUAUGCGACCUUGGAAACACGUCUUUUCUGUGCUGCGUUCCUACUGGCUCUUCCUCUACAAAGACAAAAGAGAAGCUGUUCUUCACGGGGCAGGUGCCAGCCCAGGUCAGGACGAGUACCCCCCGGUCAGCAUUCGUGGCUGCCUGAUCGACAUUGCUUACAGUGAAACGAAGCGGAAGCACACUCUGAGACUGACGACUCAGGACUUCUGCGAGUAUCUGUUCCAGGCUGAAAACAGGGAUGAUAUGUUGGCGUGGAUCAAGCUUAUCAGGGAGAAUAGCAAAAUUGACAAUGAGGAGAUUGGUUCAUCAAGGCAGGCUCUGAUCAACAAAAAGCUGAAUGACUACAGGAAACAGAGUCUUACAGGGAACAAACCAGAUUCUUCUGCUGGAAAUCAUCGUCUGAUUCCUCCCUUCCUUUUGGCUGACAACCCCUCAGUGAAUCGAUCAUCCAAAACUGAUGACAACAAGGCACCAUGGGGCAUUAAUAUUAUGAAGAAGUCCAAGAAGAGAAGCAGUUCGAAGGCUUUUGGUGUGCGCCUCGAGGACUGUCAGCCUGCUGUAAACCACAAAUUUGUCCCACUGAUUGUGGAGAUGUGUUGUGGUGUGGUGGAAGCCACUGGUCUGGACUACACUGGAAUCUACCGGGUGCCAGGGAAUAAUGCCAUGGUGUCCAGCCUGCAGGAGCAUCUAAAUAAGGGUUUUGACUUAAACACUGCUAAGGAGAGAUGGCAGGAUUUGAAUGUAAUCAGCAGCUUACUGAAGUCAUUCUUCCGAAAGCUGCCCGAGCCUCUGUUUACUGAUGACAAAUACCAUGAUUUCAUUGAUGCCAGCAGGAUGGAAGUCACAAGUGACCGGCUGACGACUAUGAAAAAAUUGAUUCAUGAGCUGCCAGAUCACCAUCACCACACCCUCAAGUUCCUGGUGGCUCACCUAAAAAGGGUGGCAGAUCACUCUGAAAAGAAUAAGAUGGAGCCAAGAAACCUGGCUCUGGUGUUUGGUCCAACUCUGGUGAGGACAUCAGAGGACAACAUGACAGAUAUGGUCACCCACAUGCCUGACCGCUACAAAAUAGUAGAAACACUAAUCCUACACUGUGGCUGGUUCUUCAGUGAAGAAGAGCUCGACAAGCAGGAAAAACCUCCAGAUGAUAAGCAGGGCGUGCAGCCCAACAUCGACCACCUGUUGUGCAACAUUGGCAAGCUGGGUAUGCCAGGAGGAGCAUCAGACUCCACCAUCAGCGAUUCAGUUAGGUCAAAGAUUUCUUUGAGUGCUGUGACAGACCUGAAUCUCAGGGACAUCCUGUCUGAGUCCAUAAUUUCUGCUGUUACACACAAACGUAAAAAGUGUCCCACCACCCUUUGGCCUAGAAGCUGUUCAGAUGAGGACUGUGAGCAUGAGCCUGUCAAAGCCAGCAAUUGUGUGGGCGAAGGAGGAGGGAGUGGAAAAGAAGAGGUUGCAAGAGAGACAGAGAUCUUCCAUAGGAAGCAUUAUGUUUCCACACAUGACAACAUGAGUAUCAAUGGAAAUGGGGUGAAAGCAAGAGAAAUAAUAUUGGGUAAAGAAUGUGGGGGCAAGAGGGCUGACGAGGAAGGUGGACCAGACAUUUUUACUAAAAAUCAGAGAGGGUGCAGACUUGAACCACAACUUUGUCCAAACAGCUUCCUCUGCAAAUACCCUCAAAUUAAUUCCACAUCCCCAAGACCUUCACCUUUCACCAGGCCUCACAAUUUCACAGGAAAACCAACUACGCCUCCUCUAUGCGUCCUCUCAACAAAGCUUACUGACCUCUGCCAGGCCUUUAAGAAUUAUCAGCCUGCAGCAAGCCUGUGGCCACAACCUGUGCCACUUCACAAAAGGAGAGGUGGGAGAACUAAGGCAGUAUCAAUGAAUUUUGACCUUGAGCUGAACUGGCAGGAUGAGAAAGUGAGACAAUUAAGAGCAGACAGGGUGGAGGUAAUCACAGUUCAUGACAAAGCAUCAGGUCAUCGUAAAUAUGUCCCUCAUGGAAUUGUAAGCCAUGUAGACGCAGUCCCUCGUGUUGAUCUGGAGGAAUCUUGUUACUCAUGGGUGGAUCAGGACUGCCCGGUAUCUUCAGACCUGGAGGAGGAGGAAGCAUGGAAGUGGAGGGCCUGGCGUCGUCACACUGUGGUAGUUUAAGCUCUUUUACUGACUUGUAUUGUAUAACCCUUUUACCUACAACCAUGACAUUUUACCAGUGGUAAGACUCAACUUUCGUUGGUAGUGCUGCACUUCAAACUUUAUGCUCUAUUCCAAAACUAUGACACACGUUCAUGCCUGUUCCAAUUAAAUAAUCCUUCCUUAUGAUGUUAAUACAUUUGAAAUAGGAUCUGAAAACCCCAAAUGAAUUCGAACUAGAAAUGACCGCCACAGUGGGCAGCGUUCAUGUCUAUUGUAAAUAUACAUAAAAACAUUCAUUCCUUCCGGCUCAGCUCUUUCUUCACCACAACGGUCCGGUACAGCGAGAGCAUUACAGCUGAUACUGUGCCGAUCUGCCUAUCGACCUCACGCUCCAACCUUCCCUCAUUUGUUAACAAGACCUCGAGAUACUUGAACUCCUCCACCUGGGGCAGAACCUCAUUCUCAACCCGGAGGGAACAAUCCACCCUUUUCCGACUGAGAACCAUGGCCUCAGAUUUGGAGGUGCUGAGUCUCAUCCCAGAAGCUUCACACUCAGCUGCAAACCGUCCCAGUAAACACUGCAGGUCACAGCCCGAUGAGGCCAUCAGGACCACAUCGUCUGCAAAAAGCAGAGAUGAGAUCCUAAGGCCCCGAACUGGACUCCCCCGACACCUUGGCUGCGCCUAGAAAUUCUGUCCAUGAGAAUUAUGAACAGAAUCGGUGACAAAGGGCAGCCUUGGCGGAGGCCAACGUUCAUUGGAAACAGGCUUGACUUACUGCUGGCAAUGCGAACCAGGCUCCUGCUCCUGUUGUACAAGGACUGAAUGGCACGUAGUAGCGCGCCACUCCCAUACUCCCGGAGCACCCCCCACAGGACACCACGAGGGACACGGUCGAAUGCCUUUUCCAAGUCCACAAAGCACAUGUAGACCGGUGUAGACAUGUAGACAUGCAAACUCCCAAGUACCCUCCAGUACCCUUGCAAGGGUGUAGAGCCACUCCAGUGUUCCGCGACCAGGACGAAAACCACAUUGCACCUCCUGUAGCCGAGGUUUGAUUAACGGUCGUACCCUUCUCUCCAGCACCCUGGAAUAGACUUUCCCAGGGAGGCUGAGGAGUGUGAUCCCCCUAAAGUUGGAACACACCCUCCGGUCACCCUUCUUGAAAAGGGGGACCACCACCCCAGUCUGCCAAUCCAGUGGAACUGUUCCUGACUUCCACGCAAUGUUGAAGAGACAUGUCAGCCAAGACAGAGGAAUUCCUUGAGGAAUUCAGGCUGAAACUCGUCCACUCCCAGAGCUUUGCAACUGGGGAGCAUUUUGACUACCCCAGAUACCUCAGCCACAGUGAUGGAACUGUCCGCGUUUGUGUCCUCAGGCUCUGGUUCCUCUAUGGAAGGUAUGUCAGUGGGUUAGAGAAGGGCCUCAAAGUAUUCCUUCCACCGUCCGACUAUAUCCUCAGUGUAGACCGGGCACUGCUUCCCCUUUCUGAGGCGCCGGACGGUUUGACAGAACCUCUUUGAGGCCGAUCGAAAAUCAGGCUCCAUGGCCUCACCGAACUCCUCCCACACCCGAGUUUUUGCCUCGACCACCGCCGAAGUUUCUUGCCGCUUGGACUGCCGGUACCUAUCAGCUGCUUCAGGAGUCCCGCAAGCCAUCCAUGCUCGAUAGGACUCCUUCUUCAGCUUGACGGCAGCCCUAACCUCUGGUGUCCACCAUCGGGUUCGGGGCUUGCCGCCACGACUGGCACCGACCACCUUGUGGCCGCAGCUCCGAUUGGCUGCCUCAGCAAUGGAGGCACGGAAUAGAGCCCAUUCAGACUCAAUAUCCUCGUCCUUCCCCAGGAUGCAGGCGAAGCUCUGCCGGAGGUGAGAGUUGAAGACAGGAGAAUAGAACAGGAGACUCUGCCAAACGUUCCCAGCACACCCUCACUACACGUUUGGGUCUCCCGGGUAUGUCCGGCAUCCUCCGCCGCCAUCUAAUCCAACUCAUCACCAGAUGAGUCACCCGCAUGUCCAGAACAUGCGGACGCAGGUCUGAUGAUACACCUACAAAGUCGAUCAUAGACCUGCGGCCUAGGGUGUCCUGGGGCCAUGUGCACUUGUGGACAUCCUUAUGUUCGAACAUGGUGUUCGUGAUGGACAAACUGUGGUUCGCACAGAAAUCCAACAACAUCACACCGCACGGGUUCAGAUCGGGGAGGCCAUUCCUCCCAAUCAAGCCCCUCCAGGUCACACUGUCAUUGCUGUCAAAGGUAAGUAGGGCGUUUAAGUCUCCCAGCAAAACGACGGAGUUUCAGUUGGGGUGCUCUCCAGCACCCCUCUGAUGGACUCCAAGAAGGCUGGGUACUCUGAACUGCUGUUCGGCGCGUACGCACAAACGACGGUCAGGACCCUUUCCCCAACCCGAAGGCGUAGGGAAAUUACCCUCUCGUUAGCCGGGGAUGAUUCCAACACAGAGGAACUGAGCCUGGGGGCUGUUAAUAAGCCCACACCAGAUCGCCGUCUCGCCCCUGCAGCAACUCCAGAGUAGAACAAUGUCCAGCCCCUCUCGAGGAGUUUGGAUCCAGAACCCAAACUGUGGGUCGAGGUGAGUCAGACUAUAUCUAGUCGGAAUGUCUCAACCUCUCUCACAAGUUCGGGCUCCUUCCCCGGCAGAGAAGUGACAUUCCAUGUCCCAAGAACCAGAUUUGGCCGCCGAAGGCCAGUUCGCCUAGGCGCCCGCCCUCGACCGCCACCCAAAGCACAAUGCACCGGACCCUUAUGCUUGCCCCCGCAGGUGGUGGGUCUACGGGGAGGUAUAUAAAAACAAACAACAUAUAAACACAUGUACCAUAAAAUAGUUUAUGCCCUCUCAUCAUGUACAUUACAACUUCUUCUGCACGAACACACCACCUCCUACGCCUAAUUUCUUUCUUGUGCUUUCUGGACCGCUUUUGUGGCUCUGCCAUACUUUUUCUUCUGUUGCCCGUCAUCUUCCUUUUUUAGUUUGUUGUUGGGUUCGUUUGUCCGCUAGAGAAGAGUGUCCAUCACGACUUUCACCUGCUGAUCAAAUUAAACUCAAACGUAACAAUCUGAGUGACAACAUUGAAGAAAGAUUGUCAGGGCAUUGAAUCAAUCACAACAGUCGUUCAGGUUGUCUUUGAUGACAUUUCGCGUCUCAUACGAGCAGUCUUCAUCAGUUCAUGCUCAGUGACUAGAUAGGACAGCUCUCGUCUGACUAGAUCAAACUUUGCCAUUGUAUCGAUCACAGCUAGUCACUGAGCAUGAACAGAUGAAGCCUGCCGGGAUGAGAGACUAGAUGUUUUCUAAGACAACCUGAACAGUCGAGUUGCGAUGGAUUCAAUGCCCUGAGAAUACGAUGACUUGGAUGAAUGACAAUAUUCACAGGCAUUGAAGAAAGAUAUUUUUAUACCAUGCUACAGAACAUUUGGAGAAAAGAUGUCUCAAGAAAACAGGGCAGCGAAAUCCAAUCAGACUGUGAACCAUGGCAUUGCUACUAUGAAUGAUAAUAAAUGCAACACAGAAGUGGCAGUGAGCGGGGCAUUAUUGGUAGUACACAUUAAGUACUUUACACAGAGUUUAAACCCUGCAAUCCAACCUACCUUGGUGUUCCCAGCAUCAGUGUGUGAGGUGUGGAUGUUUUUUUCCAUCUGAGUUGAACAGCUGCGGCGCGUCUUACUAGCCAAGCAGAAGCUGUAGUAAUUCUACAUUUUAUGAAAGUUACUUUAUAUUUAUCAUAUCAAAACACGUAGAUUUUUAGACUUGUCAACGUUACCAUUAAUCACCAUCAACAUUAAUAAUGGCAGCACCGGGUCUGCUCGGAGCAGGUGCCCCACUACAGUGCCCUAUGGCCACCACAGCAACUCUAUACUCUGGUUCUCCGGGGGCGGCACCGGGGCUGCCCAGAGCGUGUUUGUCACCGGCAGCCAGCCACUCCUUGCAGCCACAAGCGUGUGCCGUGGACCCUGCCAGUCAGCACUGGGGGAUGAAGCAGCAGUACAGUACAUGUCACAAACUCCAAUUCCGCAACUUUGAAAGAUGACAUAUUAAAGGAAAUAAUACAUUAUUAUGAUAUUAUUUAUUAUUAUUAUUUGGUCCAAAAAAUGUAGACAAUAAUAUUGUUUGUCAAUUUGAGGGGCAACAAACAUUUCAAAACACACCUGCAUUGUUUUGUGACUCUGUUAAAUUAAAACGUUUUAUGUCCAGUCAUACAUUUUCAUUGUAUUUUUCUUAAAGUUAAUGUUAAAAUCUCGUCUCAUUCCGUUUCCUGUCGACCUAAUCUCGUGUAUCGGCUCAUUUCGUGAGUUGGGUGUUUCGUGCCGCCCCUAACGUUUAGUGGUUUCUCUUGGAGGGACACAAUAAAAACAAUGAGAUAUCACAUGUUAUUGCACUCCAGUUCCAAUGAAAAACUGGUGUAGGUUGUAGAGUAUGACCCAAUAUUGUUAACAUGUAAGGAUCUCAUUUACCGUUACUGUUAAGUUUGCACUAUUGUUAGUGUUGUUAAAGCAGGACCAAAGAAGGGAUACGUUGAAGUAGAGGGAAUGGAUCAGUUUCUUACUAUUAAUACUGAAGUUGCGCAGGUUUAUACAGUACCUCAUAAAAGUGAAUACACACCUGAAGUUUUUGCAAAUAUUUUACUAUAUCUUUUCAUGGGGCAAGAAUCAACACUUAAAGUAGUCAGUGUAAAGCUUGUAUAAUAGUGUAAAUUUACUGUCCCCUGAAAAUAACAUACAGCCAUAAAUGUCUAAACCACUUGGGCCUGAUUAGCCAUUUUCCCUCCCUGGUAUCACAUGACUCAAUAGGUCUCAGGUGUGAAUGAGGAGCAGGUGUGUUAAAUUUGGUGUUAUCGCUCUCACACUCUCAUACUGCUUACCGGAAGUUUGUGGAGAGAAAUGUCUUUUUAUCCAAUCAAACACAAUGCAAAAAAAAGAUUUGCAAACAAACAUAACAAAUGCUUUUGUAUACAAAUGAAACAAUUAAUCUUUCCUGAAGUUUUGGUUCCAUUUAAACAUCACUCUUGUGGGAGCAGCCUCCUCUGAACGGAGUUAGAAGCCUUUUUAUUGGUCAGUCUCGAAUGCUGGGCUGACAACUUGUGCCCUCACGAGAGGAGUGAAAUUACCAAAGGUAGUGGACAUCAAACUACUACAACCCCUGGCAAAAAUGAUGGAAUCACCAGUCUCGGAGGAUGUUCAUUCAGUUGUUUAAAUUUGUAGAAAAAAAGCA